GCUAGUGAGAGGUUACGAGUAACUGGCAGCCAUGGACGCGGAAGUGACAGCUCACAUUGAGUUCCUGAGAAACAAUGUUUCAACGCUACGUAGUUUAGGAAAAGAAUGGGGCAUGGAUGAUGAGGAAGUCAACUCAUGUAUCGACGAAGUCAUCGCAAAUCGCACUGACAAAGACAUAUUUAAACCCACUAUCAAAUCAACUGGGAGAGACAUAUGGUCCCUUAUUCGAUUCAGUAUAAAGUUUUGGUUGGUAAUUUUCGUCCUAAUAUGCAUUUUUUGUACAACAUUGUUCUUCGUUGUCAGUUACAACAGUGACGCCGAGAGCUUCAUUUCAAGAACCUUGCAACCUUUUGGAUAUGACAUAUUCCGAUACGUCAGACUGUCAACCCUACCUCUGCACGACAUGUUCAAUAUUACUGAGUUCUAUGAUGCAGAGUGUUUAGUUGAGAACCCUUACUUCACCGAGCCAGAGAUAGCAUGUGUUUACUGUGAGGGGACCAACUCUCUGAUGACUUUCCAGACCCUCAAUGUCAGCCUUGUGGCCUUGCUCCUGGACAAUAGACAGCCACUAUUGCAUCAGGGUGGAUACUCUGCUGAGGUUACAUACAGUGACCUACUUGAUACUUACCUACAUGACAGGGACGUGUUUGAUGGAGAACCUCACCAAGUGGAGUCAACCCAGGACAGUGUUCAGUCUCUCCCAGACCUUUUCAGUAGUGGCAUGGAGAACAAAAUAAACACCACUGAAUCGUUUGUUAUCAAAUGGCAUUCAAAGGGAGUAAGAAGCAGCAAUUUGCUGAGAAAGUUGUUCCCUCGUCCCAGAGUUGUACCUGUCAAUACAGAGAUUGCAGUGGAAAAAACACUGUAUCUGGAUGGUCCAGCCUCACAACACUAUCAAGUGGUAAGAGGGAAGUUCACUCUAGCUUUAUACAUCCAGGCCAGUGGUAACAGGAAGGCUGUACUUCGACCUCGUGACAGUUGUCAAGCUUUCUGUCAGCUCUUCACCAUCAGCCUUAAUGAAAGGGACAUCUUACUGUUUGACCAGGCUCUGUGGCAUCUAUUCUUGCUUCCAAACACAAACGGGACCGCUGUUGGCUUCUCCAGUACAUUUACGGAAUAAUGUUGGGCAACUUUAUUCUUUGUAAUAUGACAGACUUCACAUGUUUAAAUAUCACAACAAUGAAAGAUGGUGACUUAUUCAUGUAUUUUAACAUAAAAUUAAACUACUAGUUUCAAAUGCA